GAGUAUAAUUUGGAGAUGCCUUAUUUCUUUUCCUCUUCCAUCCUUGUCCUUCUUUCUAAGUUUAGCCGCCGCCUUUCUCCCGAAGACGAAGUCCGCCUCCGCCACCCGUUGGAAUUCCGCUCUGCAACUUCACUUCGUCAUCGCCAGACGCCCCUCCGGCUCUCAUCGGCGGCCCGGCCUCUCGUCGUCGUCUUCUUCUUGUUCUUCCCCUGCUUGCUCUGCAACUGCUUCAAGAUUUGGUUGGAUACGAUUUGUGGGUUGAGCGUGGAGGUUCAAUGUGGCGACGGGGUUGGGAUCUGCUGCAGCGGGCUUCACGGGGGCUUCCGGUGCGCCUUCACCCGUGUGCAAUCAGCACUCAACGCAUCACCGGAGCUGCUUCUAAGCCUAGCCUGUCAAUAUGGCGGCGGAAGAAGGAAAUGGGGAAGGAGGGGUUAAUGGUGGUAAAGGAGCUCAAGCGUCUUGAGUGCCAACCUUUGCGUUUUGAGCGGUUUAUGAAGACACAUGUUUCCCGUCUCCUUAAGUCUGACCUUGUUGCUGUCCUCGCAGAGUUUCAGCGUCAGAACCUGGUUGGUCUCUCCAUGAAGCUGUAUGAUGUGGUGCGGAAGGAAAUCUGGUACCGACCAGAUAUGUUUUUCUACCGAGAUAUGCUAAUGAUGCUUGCAAGAAGCAAAAAGAUUGAUGAAGCAAGGAUGGUGUGGGAUGAUUUGAAGAGAGAGGAAGUCCUUUUUGAUCAGCAUACCUUCGGAGACCUUGUCCGGGCCUUUCUGGAUGGUGGAUUGCCGAAUGAAGCAAUGCGUAUAUACGAUGAAAUGAGAUGUUCACCAGAACCUCCAUUAUCUUUGCCAUUUCGUGUCAUUUUAAAAGGGCUAAUUCCUUACCCUGAAUUGAGGGAGAAGGUGAAGGAUGACUUUUUGGAACUCUUCCCUGACAUGAUUGUUUAUGAUCCUCCAGAUGACCUUUCCAUUGAUGAUCGACAAUAUGGAACAGAAAGUGACGAGGAGUAGCUAUUCGGCUGACCUACCUACAUAUGCCUAACCACAUUCAAAAUGUAUUUGCCAAAUAGCUGAACUGGAUAGGUAAUCUAUGCCAAGACCUGGAAGAGCAUACAUUGUUUCUUGGAGGCGUGCCGACAUUUUUACCAUUGCUGAAAAUGCUUAUUCUAGAAGGAAGAGUAGAAGUUUGAGUGGUUACUGUUUACUCCAAGUGUUACGUUACUUUCUAUAGAUGCAAUGCACGGUUUGGGAGAAUAGUUAGUUCUUUUCCUGUGGCAGUCACCGAAUUUUGGAAUGACGCUAUUAUAUGUUAGCAAGUUUAGGUUCACAGGAUUGUUAGUAGGUUCCAUCCAUCUUUGUAAGUAUCGUUGGCACACUGUUACUUUCAGUAAAUAUAAUUUCUCCUAGUCUGUGCACUACACAGGGAAAAUUCUGCCUGUACAAAAUUUGAUUUGAUAGGAAAGGUGAAGGGAACAUUCUUUUGAGCAGGCCCUUUUUCGACAAAUGCGGUUUGCAGCCAUUUAAGUGUUUGUGGAGGAAGACGAGUAUGGUAGAGGGGGAUGAUUAGGGGACGUCCGAGCAGGGCUGCCGGGUAAUUUUCUAGCUGCAGGUUUGGGAGCUUGAUCAUGUCCCG